AUGGCCCCUGCGGAUAUCAACGUCGAUGUCUUGGUCAUCGGCGCUGGCCCAACGGGCCUUGGUGCUGCUAAGCGCUUGAACCAGAUUGAUGGCCCAUCAUGGAUGAUCAUCGACUGCAAUGAGACACCCGGCGGUCUUGCCUCGACAGAUGUCACCCCAGAAGGCUUCUUGUACGAUGUCGGCGGCCACGUUAUCUUCUCCCACUACAAGUACUUCGACGACUGCAUCGACGAGGCGCUCCCCAAAGCGGAGGACUGGUACACUCACCAGCGCAUCUCCUAUGUGCGCAUCAAGAACCAAUGGGUUCCUUACCCAUUGCAAAACAACGUCUCCAUGCUGCCACAAGAGGACAAACUCCGGUGUGUUGAUGGCAUGAUCGAUGCUGCUAUUGCAGCUCGUACGGCCACCACAAAGCCCGCGGACUUCGACGAGUGGAUCGUCAGAAUGAUGGGCGAGGGCUUAGCAGAUAUCUUCAUGAGGCCCUAUAACUUCAAGGUCUGGGCGGUUCCAACCACCAAGAUGCAAUGCCAAUGGCUCGGAGAGCGUGUAGCAGCACCCGAUGUUAAGACUUGCGUUCGAAAUGUGAUCCUCAACAAGUCCGCAGGCAACUGGGGCCCCAACGCCACUUUCCGCUUCCCUGCGCGUGAUGGAACUGGCGGCAUCUGGAUCGCAGUCGCCAAUACUCUGCCAAAAGAGAAGACCCUCUUCGGCAAGCAAGGCGAGGUUUCGAAAGUUGAUGCAGAUGGACAUAAGGUAACCUUGAAGGGCGGGAAGACUAUUUCUUACAAGAAGUUGAUCACCACCGUGGCUGUGGAUCAGCUCGUUGAGCAUAUGGAAGACCAGGAGUUGAUCACACUAAGCAAGGGCCUCUUUUACUCCUCUACUCACGUUAUUGGUGUUGGAAUCCGAGGAGAGCGCCCCGAGAGAAUUGGCGACAAGUGCUGGCUCUACUUCCCAGAGGAUGAUUGCCCGUUCUACCGAGCCACCAUCUUCUCCAACUACUCACCAAACAACCAGCCAGAGAAGUCUGUCAAACUCGCAACUCAAUCCAUCGCAGAUGGCAGCAAGCCCAAGUCUACCGAGCCCCAAGAAGGCCCCUACUGGUCCAUCAUGUUGGAGAUUUCCGAGUCUUCCAUGAAGCCUGUCGACCAGGCCAACCUCAUGAGAGACUCUAUUCAGGGCCUCAUCAACACUGAUAUGAUCAAGCCAGACGAUGAGAUCGUGUCCACCUAUCACCGCCGUUUCGACCACGGAUACCCUACUCCUUCGCUUGAGCGUGAGGGUGUUCUCAAGGAGCUCCUUCCUAAGCUCCAGGCUAAGGAUAUCUACUCCAGAGGUCGUUUCGGUAGCUGGCGUUAUGAAGUUGGCAACCAAGAUCACUCCUUCAUGUUGGGUGUCGAGGCCGCUGAUAACAUCGUCAACGGCGCUGUUGAGUUGACGCUCAACUACCCCGACUUUGUCAAUGGCCGCCAGAACACAGAGCGAAGACUUGUUGAGGGUAGCCAGGUCUUCCGAAACAAGGCAACUGACAAAGCCGAUGCCGCAGGUGCUGCCAAGGUCAUCGACAUCGAGGCCAACAAAGCCGGUAUCACGAACGGAACCAAGGAGCUCCCAACCCGGGACCGAGCCGCAUCUAAGACCAGUUCCAGCAGCCACGCACGAAAGUCCUCAAAGAGCGUCAAGUAA